AAGAGGUCAUGAAUAUAUUAAUACAGGAUAUGACCACACAAAAGUUAUACAUGUAUAUGCAACACUAAUAACCCACAUAUUACAGUCUUCAAUAUACCUAGCUCUCUUAUACUAUAUAUAAUCCCAUGGCUUUAUCUAAAAGACCAUUGCCACCCCUGAGAAGAGCUGAGAAGAUACCAAAAGCCACUCCUGUACUACAAGACAGCAGCUGUAUAGCAGCUAUUGACUUUGGGACAUCAUCACUAUCAGUAGCAUAUACCACUCCAACAACAGGAGGAGAUGUAAAAGUUGUACGACUUCACAGUACACUGGAAAGAAUCCCUAAUGCUAUAAUUAUUGAGAAGGAUGAUGAUGAGUAUGAAGUCACUGAUGUUGGACAUCAGGCACAAAAUUCGUUGAGUAAUAUACAUAAAGGGGCCAAAAAUGUCAUCUAUUUUGAAAGAGUAAAAAAAUUGUUGGAGAGAGACAAAUCAUUAGAUCGUACUACUGAAGUCUCUUCAUUCACUGGAGGAUCUUAUUAUCUUAUUGAAGUUAUAGCUUUUAUACUAACACACCUCAAGAAGAAGCUACUGGCUGAUCAUCUGAAGAGAAAUUACAAGUCAAGUGAUUUUGAUUGGGUCAUUACUGUUCCUGCUAUAUGGAAAGCAAGAGCAAGAAGAAUGAUGAGAGAAGCUGCUUAUAUGGCUGGUCUCACUUCUGAUGCUCCUGGUAUAACAAGGUUCACUCCAGUUGGUUCCCCUUUACCACGUCCAGAGGAGGUUAAUCCUCAGAAGCUAUCAUUAGCUCUAGAACCAGAAGUAGCUGCUAUAUAUGCACAGCAUCAGUCACAUGUUCUUGGUCCUCCUCCACGUAGAUAUAUGGUAGUUGAUAUAGGAGGAGGUACAGUUGAUAUUACUGUACAUAAUAAGAGAAAUGGGAGAAUUAGUGUAGUACUACCACCAAUGGGGAACACCUGGGGGGGUACUACUGUCAAUGAAGCAUUCUCAGCAAUACUGGAAGAAAUAGUAGAUGAUAAAGGUUUUGAAUCUUUCAUAAAAUCAGAUCCGAUUCGUGCAAAAGCUGCUCUUAACAAAUUUCUCUAUGAAGAGUUUGAAGAAAAGAAAAAAAUAAUUGGAAAAAAAACAAAAGAAAUUGUACUAACCUUGCCAGCCCUCUUGGUAUCAUUCUAUGGCCAUGAUAAGCUUCAAAAAGCAAGGAAGCUAAAAAUGGAGUAUGAUCCAGAUCCUAAUAAAUUAACCAUAGGAUAUGAUCUAUUAGAAGAGAAGGUAUUCAAACCCACAGUUGAUAAGAUCAUAGAGUGUGUGAGGGCAGCAUUUGAUGAGCUAACAGAUCAUAUCGAUACAGUUUAUCUAGUAGGAGGGUUUGGAGGGUGUCAGUUUGUUAGUAAAAGGAUAGAAGAAGUUAUCACCCAGCAUCGUGGCAUUCUUUAUGAAAUUAUAGAUCUUGAGUGUCCUGAACAACCAGAUCUUGCUGUUGUAUCAGGAGCAGUAAUGUGGAGGAAAGAUCCUAACAUAAUCCAAUCACGUGUUGCUGAUGCUACCUAUGGGGUAGCAUGUGGGCCUGAAUUUAACCCAUCAAUACAUAAUGAACAUUACAAGUAUGUAGACGAAAAUGGUGAACAACGCUGUGGCGAUGUCUUUAAUGUAUUUGUACUCAAAGGAGAAGUAAUAAAGGAUGAAGUGUAUAAGACCACAUUAAUACCUCGUUAUCAAAGAAGCACACAAGUUAACAUCUCUAUAUAUUGUACAGGAGAUGAUGGAAUUCAGUAUAUAAAAGAUAAAGAAGGUGAACCAACAGUACGUGAGAUUGGUAAGCUAAUACUUGAUGUGUCUAAUCCUGAUAACAUACCAAAAAAAAAGAGAGAAAAUACAAUGUAUAUAUUGAUUCAGAGGUACAGAGAUACAAGCAAGAGCUCAGUAUAGUAUCACUGGAGAAGAAGUGAAAACAGUUUGUGACUUUCUAUCAA